AUGAGUUCUUCCAGACGGUCAGCUAACUCAGCUAAUGCUAGUGAUACCCCUGAUUUGAAGGACGUUUAUGAUCCACAAGUAUCACCUGCCAAUUACUUGAGUAACCCAGGUGGUGGAAGCGCUAUCAUCAAUGGUACUGGUACAGACGAUGCAACUGGUCUUUCUUUUGGUACGCAUCAUCUGAGUCGACAACAACAACAGCACCAACAGCAACAAACGCAGCAACAACAACAACAACAACAACAACAACAUCCAUUCUAUUCAACUGAGUUGCAACAGCGCGCCGAGUUACAAAGAAGACAACAGCAAUUGCAACAACAACAACAACAAUUACAGCAGUUUCAACAGCAACAGAGAGAAUUGGCACAGGCUCAAGCCCAAGUUCAAGCUCAUGCUAGAGCGCAGGCUCAAGCUCAGGCACAGGCUCAGGCUCAAGCGAGAGCACAAGCACAAGCUCAGGCUCAAGCUCAGGCUCAACAAUUUCAACAACACCAACAGCGCCAGCAACAGCAUCAACAACAACAACAGCAACACAACCACGGGAUACGUUUGCCCACCAAUCAAGGUGUAUCUGCCCCUUCACAAGUAUCGCCAGUCAACUCAACACUCUCAGAUGAACUCAACAUGGAUGAAGAUCUUCGAUCCAAAUAUAUUGAAAACGAAAUCAUCAAGACAUUCACCAGUAAAGCUGAUCUUGUCAAGUAUGUCAAACUAGUGCUUGGUCCGGAGGACCAUUGUCGUAUUGUCAUUAACUCAUCCAAACCUAAAGCCAUUUACUUUCAAUGUGAACGAUCAGGUUCGUUUAGAACCACAGUCAAGAACCCACAAAAGAGACAACGUAUUGCAUACACAAAGAGAAACAAAUGUACUUAUCGAUUAGUGGCUAACGUGUAUGCCAAUGACAAAGGUGGUGUUGGUGGCAGUGGCAAUGGCAGUGGUGCUGGUAAAAAAGUCAAGAGUGAAGAUUCAAUCGAUGCGAAUGGGAAUAUAAUUUCAAUGAAACAAGAAGGCAACGAUGGUGGAGCAGAUACUAGCGAUACUGAAGAUUUAUGGAUUUUGAGAAUGAUUAAUCCUCAACAUAAUCAUCCACCUGAUCCACCUGAUAAAAAGAAGAAACAAAAGGAUUCAAGAACACUAGUUGAAAAGCCUGUGCAUAAACAUUCACAACUGAAAAGACAACCGGGUGGCAAUAACCCAUCAUUAUCAGGGUCCAAGUCGUCUGGUGGUGGUGUAGAUCCCGCUGCGGCGGCUUUGGGGUUUGCUAAAUCCAACCAAGGAGGACAAAACUUCCAACAAAAUCAUCUACCACCACAAUUCCAACAACAACCACAACAGCCGCCACAUAAUCAACAACAACUUGAUCAUGCAUUAUCGAAUUUAGCUGGUGCGGCAAAUUACAAUGAUUUGAUUGGCCAUUUGAGUCAAAGUCUUCCUCCACAGCAACAACAACAAGGCAGACUGAGGCGAUCAGACCAACAGCAAAUACAGCAGCACCCGCAUCCUGAUGCAUCAGUUUAUGCCGCGCUUGAAGCAGCCAAUAGUGGUUCAGGAGCAGGUAGUUCAGAUGCUACUAGUAUAGCUGCCGCCGCAGCAGCUGCGGUCGCCUUGAGCGCCCAACAAGGCAGUGGAGGCGGCAACGUUCAUGGAAUCAAUGGUGUUAAUGGCGUUAAUGGUGUAGCUGGUGGUAAUGCAAACCAAGCAUCAUCGCAAGUUGAUUUAGAUCUGAGCCAAAUUGAUCCCAAUGUUGAUCCUAGUGUGCAGGCACAUGAUCAAUCGCAUCAGCAUCAACAUUUGAGAAGAGGUGGGUUCUUGUGA